GCUGUUUUUGAACUCCGCCUCUUGUGCACUUUAAACUCAGCUUUGCAAAUAUUUGUUGAAAGAAAAAAAACAGCCGCUCGACGAAGCGUUAAAGGAGAGACAUGUCGGCGGUCAGUUUGAGACUUCUGGUAGAAAAUGCUGAACAAGUGGUGGUUAUUUGCAACAAAGGAGAGGAAUACCUGACAAAAGGCGACAAUGGCAUCAACCUUCAUAUCAUCCAGAAUGGAAGCGUGGUCAUCGGAAGAGAGGGUCUCAUCGAAGCCGUCGGUCCCGCUGACGCCAUUGCAUCACAGUAUUCCCGCGCUUCCUUCAAACGUGUCAUCGACGCCACGGGAAUGUGCGUCCUACCUGGCUUGGUCGACGCUCACACUCAUCCCAUCUGGGCUGGCGACCGCGUGCACGAGUUUGCCAUGAAGCUGGACGGUGCCAGCUACAUGGACGUGCACCGCGCAGGAGGUGGCAUCCACUUCACGGUGGAGCGCACGCGGGCGGCCAGCGCUGGGGAACUUUUGGAGGCUUUAACCGGCCGUCUGGAGCGUAUGCGACGGGCCGGCACCACUCUGGUGGAGGUGAAGAGCGGCUACGGCCUGGAGCUUCCCACCGAGCUCAAGAUGCUCGAGGUGAUGGAGGAAGCCCGGCGCACGCUGCCCAUCAACAUCUCCCCCACCUACUGCGGCGCGCACGCCGUGCCCAAAGGGAAGACUUUAGAAGAAGCCACGCGUGACAUUGUGGAGGUUCAACUUCCGGCGCUGAAGGAGCACGUGGUGGCCGGGACGCUGCGCGUGGACAACAUCGACGUCUUUUGCGAGCGCGGUGUCUUUGAUGUGCCGUCCACGCGCGCCAUUCUGCGGGCGGGCAAGGACAUGGGCCUGAACGCCAACUUCCAUGGUGACGAGCUCCACCCGAUGAACGCUGCUCAGCUGGGGGCAGAGUUGGGCGCAUUGGCCGUGAGCCACCUAGAGGAAGCCACGGACGAGGGCAUCGCCGCCAUGGCCCGGGCUAAAACAGCCGCUGUCCUGCUGCCCACCACAGCGUACAUUCUUCGGCUCAGCCAACCGCGGGCACGAGCCAUGCUGGACGCGGGCGUCAUCGUGGCCCUGGGCAGUGACUUCAACCCCAACGCGUACUGUUGCUCAAUGCCACUGGUCAUGCACCUGGCCUGCGUCAACAUGCGCAUGUCCAUGCCCGAAGCCUUAGCGGCGGCCACCAUCAACGCCGCCUACGCCCUGGGCCGCUCGCGCACGCACGGUUCGCUGGAGGCGGGAAAGGACGGCGACCUGCUAUUGGUCAAUGCUCCACGGUGGGAGCAUCUGAUCUACCAGCUGGGCGGACACCAGGAACUCAUCCGCUACGUGGUCGUCAAGGGCAACGUGGCGUACGACAACGAGAAGACGUUGCCUUUGUGAAGACGUUCGGAGGAGGGACAAAAGCGCAAAUUGAUGUUGAUGGAGUUAUUUUUUAAAUGAAUGCACUCAUUUUUAUCAUUAAUGUUAAUCAUUCCCAUAUAAAUCUACUUGAAUGAGACCAUUUCCCCCCCCUCCUUUUAAAAUUACAUUUUUUAAAUCAGAUUUGAGGUUGACAAUGUCUCAAAAUGAUUGUCUGCUAUCAAAAUAGUUGAGUCAACUGAUGAAUAAAGAAAUAGGCAAUUUAUCGCGGCAGCCUGAUAUCCAGAGAGAUUAGACGUCUAUCACCGUCAACGACAGCUAUCUAGCUAACUAGAUGGGGAAUUUCCGAGGAAGAAAUUGUGCACGAUUAUCAUGUUGAUAUAGAUAAGUUUUCGUCCAAAAUAAUGUCAUCUUUCUCGAUUGGUCAUGAGGAUUUAACUGACAUUAACAGCAAUCCAUUUGAAUGGGGAGGGUGGCACUUCAAACGAAUGGACGUACUCCAUUCAAUACACGACGAAAUUUUUUUUUUUUUAGUCCUAUCUCAAGACACUGCCGCGUUUGAAUAUAAACAAGUAUGAAAU